GAGAAUAGACCAGUGACAAUCAUCGGAGCAGGAGUUCUCGGUCGACGAUUAGCAGUCAUCUGGGCAUCAACAGGCCGCGACGUAAACCUCUACGACACCCACCCCUCCGCGUUCGACUCCGCAACCCCCUACAUAGCAGACACCCUCAGCACCUACUGCUCAACCCACGGCACCCAUCCCGGGCACGUCCACUUCUCGACCUCCCUCCUCCCCUCCCUCUCCAACUCCUGGCUCAUAAUCGAAUGCGUCCCCGAAGACCUCGAACUGAAGAUCUCAGUCCUCGGCCGCCUCGACCGUCUCGCCCCAAAAGACGCAAUAAUAGCCACUAACUCCUCCUCCUUCGCCUCCCGGGACCUCGUCCCGGAGGUAAAACACCGAGAACGCGUCCUAAACACACUCUACUACGUGCCUCCCGCAAACCGCUGCGUCGAACUCAUGUCCUGCGGCUACACCUCCCCCACCCUAACCUCCUUCCUCGUCUCCCAAAUGCGCACGGUGAACCUCCUCCCCUUCCUCGUAAACCACGAAUCCACCGGCAUGAUAUUCCCGCGUCUCUGGGCCGCCCUCAAGCGCGAAACGCUGCAGAUCCUGAAAGACGACGUGGCGAAACCGGAAGAGAUCGAUGAGCUGUUCCGGGAUUUCUUUGGGGCGAAACAGGGCGUUUGUGAGAAGAUGGAUGAGAUCGGGCUGGAUACGAUUGCGAAGGUGGAGGGGAGGUUUUUGGAUGAGAGGGAGAGGAGGAAUGAGACGGAUCUUUGGAGGGGGAGGGGCCAUUUGAGGUGGUUGGAGAGGGAGUUUGUGGAGAAGGGGUGGUUGGGGGAGAAGAGUGGGAUGGGG